CUCCGGGCCUCGGGCGGACGAUGCGGCGGCGCGGCCGGAGCGGCGGCGGGAAGCGGAGGCGGAGGUGACGCGCUCCGGCCGGCGGGCCGGGCCAUGCAGCGCUCGCGGGCGGCCGCGGACGAGGCGGCUCUGCUCCUGGCCGGGCUGGGCCUGCGGGAGCUCGAGCCCGGCGGCGGCGGCGGCGGCGGCGGCGGGGGCGACUCUCCGGGCCGUGGCCGGCGGGGGCCGCGGCCCGGGCCGGGCGACGAGGCGGCGGCGGCGGCGACGCUGGGCCGCAGAGGCCAGGGCGGCGGCCCCGAGGCCGGCGCCGACGGACUGAGCCGCGGCGAGCGAGGCCCGCGGCGCGCGGCCGCCCCCGAGCUCGGCGCGCCGCCCGCCAGCAGCCCCCGGGCCAGCCUGGCGGGCUCGGACGGCAGCGCCCGCUCCAGCGGCAUCAGCCUGGGCUACGACCAGCGCCACGGCAGCCCGCGCUCCGGCCGCUCGGACCUGCGCCCGGGCCCCGGGCCGCCGUCGGGGGGCAGCGCGCGCUCCAGCGUGUCCAGCCUGGGCUCCCGCGGCUCGGCCGGCGCGUACGCCGACCUGCUGGCGCCCGCGCGCUCCCCGGAGCCCGGCGGCCCGGGGACGCCCUUCCCGCUGCCGUCGCUCCCGCUGCCCCCGGGCCGCGAGGCCGGCCCCAGCUCGGCGGAGCGGCGGCUCGAGGCGCUCACCCGGGAGCUGGAGCGGGCGCUGGAGGCGCGCUCGGCGCGGGACUACUUCGGCAUCUGCAUCAAGUGUGGGCUCGGCAUCUACGGAGCACGGCAGGCCUGCCAGGCGAUGGGUGGCCUGUAUCACACCGACUGCUUCAUCUGUGACUCCUGCGGGAGACGGCUCCGCGGGAAGGCGUUCUACAAUGUGGGCGAGAAGGUGUACUGCCGGGAGGACUUCCUGUACUCUGGGUUCCAGCAAACGGCCGACAAGUGCAGCGUGUGUGGUCACCUCAUCAUGGAGAUGAUCCUGCAGGCCCUUGGCAAGUCCUACCACCCAGGCUGCUUCCGGUGCUCGGUGUGCAACGAGUGCCUGGACGGGGUGCCCUUCACGGUGGACGUGGAGAACAACAUCUACUGCGUGCGAGACUACCACACGGUCUUUGCACCGAAGUGUGCCUCCUGCGCCCGCCCCAUCCUCCCUGCCCAGGGCUGCGAGACGACCAUCCGGGUGGUGUCCAUGGACAGGGACUACCACGUGGAGUGCUACCACUGCGAGGACUGCGGGCUGCAGCUGAGCGGAGAUGAUGGACGCCGUUGCUACCCCCUGGAGGGUCACCUGCUGUGUCGCCGCUGCCACCUCCGGCGCCUCCGGCCAGGCCCACUCCCCUCCCCCACUGUGCAGGUCACGGAGCUCUGAGCAGGGCGGCCGGCCUGGGGCCUGUGUGUCUGCGUGAGAAAUGUGAGGGAUGUGGGAUGUGUGUGGGGUGUGUAUGACGGGCGUUGUGGUGUUAGGGGUGUGUGAUGAGUUUGUGUGGUAUGUGUGUGUGUGAGAUGGGUUUGUGUGGUGUGAAAUGUGUGUCUGUGUGUGUCUGUGGGUGGGUAUGUGGUGUGAGGUGUGUGUGGAGAGUAAUGGGUGUGCUGUGAGGUGUGUGUGUAGUGUGUGAGGUGUGUGUGUGGUGUGAGGUGUGUGUGUGGAGAGUGAUGGGUUUAUGAGGUAUGUAUGUUUGUGUGGUACGAAGGGUGUAUGUCGAAUGUGAAUGGAUUUGUGAGAUCUGAGGGGUAUGUGAUGGAUUCGUGUGGUGUGAGGGGUGUGUGUGGAGAGUAAUGGGUUUGUGUGGUGUGAGGGGUGUGAUGGGUUGCUCUGUGAGGAGUGUGUUUGUGGUGUGAGGGGAGUGUGUGGUGUGAGGGGAGUGUGUGGUGUGAGGGGUGUGUAUGGUGUGAGGGGUGUG